AUGUGGGAAUUCCUCAAAUCCCCCUCCCGCCGCCGCCGCGAAGCCCAAGAACGCCUCGCAGAACAAGUCCGCAGAGACAAAGAAGCUCUCAAAGAGCAGGAGCGCCUUUGCGAAGCUGCCGCUAAAACUGCCGCUGCUGCGCCCGUCACUCCGGCGUAUAAACCAUACUAUCCGCCAUCAACUACCAAGACAUCGCGGGUGUCACGGGGAUCGGGGUACUCGGGUGGGGGCUCGUCUGGGGGUGGAUAUGUAGGUGAUUCGGGGGGUUCUUAUGGAGGGGUGGUGGAUAUGGAGAUGGUGGGGGUUCGAGUUCUGGGGGCUGUUCGGGGGGUUCGUCUGGUGGGGAUGGUGGCGGUGGUGGAGGUGGAGGGGGUGGGGAUGGAGGCGGUUGCUGAGUAUUUGUUUCCAUAUAUACUGGACUAUCAUGUCUCUGGGAAAGUUCGUUGGAAGAGUGGGUUCGUUUUGAUGCUUUAG